CUACUAUAUAAGGAAGAGUAUGCAAAACACAAAUUAGUCCAUCAUAAGUCACAUACAAAAACAUAAUCCUUCUACUCUCUCUUACAAAAACCCAUUCAUUUUCUCAAGAAAAAUUAACAUGGCUAAAGAUGUUGUUUCUAGUACUUUUCAAUCUCCAUCAUCCAAUAUUAAUGGAGAAAAUUAUCAUGAAUCCUCUUCUAAAUCAUGUAUAGAAAACAACAACAACAACAACAAGAAGCUCAAAAUAUUUGGUUUUGAGCUUAUUGAUAAUCCAAAAAGAUCUCCAAAAAAAGUCCAAAAUAAUUCAUCAAAAGAAGAUCAAGAAAGUGUAAAUUCAUCAUCAGCUUCCACAGUAUCAUCAGGAAAUAUUCAUCAUAAUCAAGAAAAAAUAUCAUCAAAUCAUGAAGAAAUAAUGAAGAAAUUUGAGUGUCAAUAUUGUUUGAAACAAUUUGCAAAUUCUCAAGCUUUGGGAGGCCAUCAAAAUGCUCAUAAAAAGGAAAGAAUGAGGAAAAAAAGACUACAACUUCAAGCAAGAAAAGCAAGUUUAAGUUGCUAUCUUCAGCCUUUUCAUAAUCAAAAUUACAACAACAACAACAACAAUAUUAUUAAUUAUCAAUUUCAUGAUCCUCAAUUUAAUGUUUAUGAAGAAUCCCAAAUUAGUUUUAACCCUAAUUAUGAUUAUCAAGUCUCAUCAGAAGGGGGAGGAACAAAUUGGCCAUUUCAUCAAGAUUCAAAUAAUUGUACAUUUACUCUUACACAUGGAGGAAAUAAUUAUAUGAAGCCUCCAUCAACUAUUUUGGAUAAUUCUUCAUCUACUAAACAAAAAAGUUCAUGUAAACAUUUGGAUCUUCAAUUGGGAUUAAGUUUGUAAUAUUAUAUUGUAUUAGUCAAAGCAAAUUAAAGAUAGAAUUCAUUAAUAUUUGUAGUGUUCUAAUUUAGAUUAUUUUUGGAAAUUAAAGAGCUUGAUCAUGCAUGGUCUAAAUAUAUCCAUUUUCCAAUU